AUGAACGGUGUCACCAUGUUCCAAAACAAACAAUUUUCCCAGCCCAACCAAACUCAGGUGAAGCAUGCAGUGCAUGACAAUAUGGUCACUGCACCAUGGACUGGGCAAGGAGUACAACAGGUCAAUCAUCAAACUCCUCACAACGGCUACCAUCAGGUCCCGCAGCCCCAUGUUGAGGCAAACGGUCGGCCAGUCCAUCCAGGAGUCAGUCCACAGCAGCACGCCUUUGCUAAUCAGGUUAACGUCAUGCCUGGUACCGAAUUCCAAAAUGGCAAUACCGUAAUGGCCCCAAUUCCACAUGCCGCAGGACCAAACCAUGCGCAAACGCAUACGCGGGCGCAUCACCACUUUCAGAAUAACAACACCUAUAUGCAGUCUUUCCAGCCCAUGGAUCCUGAAUAUGAGGUGCAGCAACCACCUCUCAACAGCAGUGUUCAGCCCAUGAAUCCUGGAUAUGGGGUGCAGCAAUCACCUCUCAACAACAAUAUCCAGCCUAUGAAUCCUGGAUACGGGAUGCAGCAACAAGCUCUUAACAGCAAUAUCCAGCCCAUGAAUCCUGAAUAUGAGGUGCAGCAACCACCUCUCAACAGCAGUGUUCAGCCCAUGAAUCCUGGAUAUGGGGUGCAGCAAUCACCUCUCAACAACAAUAUCCAGCCGAUGAAUCCUGGAUACGGGAUGCAGCAACAAGCUCUUAACAGCAAUAUCCAGCCCAUGAAUCCUGAAUAUGAGGUGCAGCAACCACCUCUCAACAGCAGUGUUCAGCCCAUGAAUCCUGGAUAUGGAGUUCAGCCACCAGCUCCCAACGGCAAUGGGCCUGUAUCAAACAACAAUCACGGCAACGGCAGCGGCAGCAGUCCUAACAGACAAAUGUCCGGGACUCAUCGCAAUGAGGCUUUCAAUGUGCCUAGUCAAAAUGGCCAGAGCAACACGAUGAUGGCACACCAGAAUGGAGUAUCUCACUCCCUUGAUGGGGUGACCUUCGGAGUUCCGCCCCAAAUGCAGGGAACUCAUCACAAUGAAUUCUUCAGUGUAUCUAACCAGAUCGGGCAGAAUAACAAUAUGAUCGCAAACCAGAAUGGAGUGGCUCAACCUCCUCAUGAAGUGAACCCUGGAAAUUCUCCCCACAAUCAAGGAUCCCAGCAGGGUAGUCCCUUCCGUGGGCCCAACCACCUUGGACAGAAUAACACUGCGGUUGCUCACCAUCAGAUGAAUCCCAGAGCGCCUUCUUACAUUCCGGGAACUCAUCAUAAUGAGCCAUUCCAUGAACCAAACCAUCCGGGACACGGCAACGUAGGGCCACCCCAGAACGGAACGAUCCAGCCUUUCCCUGGAAUGAAUCCUGAACAUCUUCCGCCGCAUUCGUCCCAGCCUCACCCAUCUGCUCCGCAUCAUCCUGUGCCGGACGGGUUAAAUGUCCCGCCACAUUCGGAAUUUAAUGGAGUCCAACAAACCAAUGUAGGGCAUCCCAAUCCAGAGAGCAACGACAUGCACCCCGGCAUUCAUCAUCCUAACCAGGGAGUACUGGCGGGAAGUUUCGAAGGUAACCAAACAGGGGCGGUUAUUACCCAUCCACACGGUCCACCCCAAACCUAUCAACAGGACGCACCAGCCCCUAAUCCGGGUUUUGUUAAUCCGACCAUUCCAGGAUAUCAGCCAGAUGUUCAUGCAUGGCCCAAUAACUCCCAUGCGCCUGCCCCUGUCGCUCAAGCGCCUAACAGAUUUUCUGACCCCGGAACCGUUCAUCGGAAUCCAUCAAACGCCGGAUUCACGAUGCCGCCAUCCUCGAAUGGAAUGGGUACGGGCGUCCAAGCUCCCAACGCAAUGGGUCAAAACACCCCGCCGAAUGCCAAUCCUCCGUUUCCACAGGAUGGACAGUUCAACCACCCGUCUAACGGUGGUACUCAGCCGGCCAAUGAUCAAAAUAUUGAAAAUAUGGGAAAUCCAAAUGGCUUCCAUGCAGGUAGUCAGGGGUUCCCGAAUGGCAUGGCCUAUCAUCCAGUUCCUGCACCUCAGCCAAGCGACUCAAAUGCUGCCCAGCAUAUGAAUCAGAAUAAUCGCAGUUUCCAGAAUGGUGUGGUCCAUCAUCCAGCUUCUGCACCUCAGCCAAGCAACUCAUAUGCUGCACAGCAUAUGCAUCAGAACAAUCAUGGUUUCCAAAAUGGUGUGGUCCACGACCCUGUGCCUCAGCGAAGCAACUCAUAUGCUGCCCAGCAUAUGAAUCAGAAUAAUCACAGUUUCCAAAAUGGUGUGGUUCAUCAUCCAGUUCCUGCACCUCAGCCAAGCGACUCAAAUGCUACCCAGCAUAUGAAUCAGAAUAAUCGCAGCUUCCAGAAUGGUGUGGUCCAUCAUCCAGCUCCUGCACCUCAGCCAAGCAACUCAUAUGCUGCCCAGCAUAUGCAUCAGAACAAUCAUGGUUUCCAAAAUGGUGUGGUCCACGACCCUGUGCCUCAGCGAAGCAACUCAUAUGCUGCCCAGCAUAUGGAUCAGAACAAUCAAGGUUUCCAAAAUGGUAAUCAUGGUUUCCAAAAUGGCGUGAUCCAUGACCCUGCGCCUGGCGCUCAACCAAAUGGUAAUUCGCAUGCCGCGCAUGCCGGACGCCCAUACACUGGACAGCAUGCGAAUAUCGAGGCAGGGAGCAACAGGGUUACUCGUAAGGCGGGUGAGGGAGAAGCCACGGGGCAGUAUCCGGCUUUAGCUCCAGUGCCAACCGUGGCCCUGAAUCGACAAGUCUAUGCACAAAGAUUCGAACAGCGUCCCGCUCAAUAUCACAACUUGGAGUCUCGGCAAAUCCAGAAUUCGCAAAUCGGGCACGGCGUGGGUGCACCCCCUCAACCAUACGUGAUACAAGCCCAAUACGACGCCAUACUAUUCCUAUUGAUCCUUCAUAUCUCAACCGACCCCGAGCAGGGCACCAGAAGCGGCGGUGCGCCGCGGGUUCAACCCAUCUCACAGCCGAAUGGACACCCGACAGUACCCACGUCCGCUGAAACGCCCGCAGGCGUACACCCAGCGCCACAGGAGAAUGGCUAUCCAGCUCGAUACGCGAACGACAACCGAGAGAACAGAGAAAAUAUUUAUCCGGCCGAGUUACAGUGCGGUAAUGGUGGUGUGUCUCCAGACCCAGCUGUAUUUCAAGAGCCCGCGAACCCCACACGAGGUCAAAGGAUAGAUUGGGCCCCUCCUAGCGUACCCGCAGCAUCAGCCAACGGUAUGGAGACAGCUCCUACGCAGAAUGGCAACCCAGAGAAUGCAGCAUUAGGCGGUCUUCCGGACGAGGCACAGUUCGAUACGUCUGUCGGAUCGUGGUUCACUGAGUUUUAUGACCCAAGGUGUAUCGACGACCAAUCCGACGUGGGUCAACGUUAUGCGGAACAGAUGGACCAUGCCAAUACUCCCGGAGACCUUGGGCAGAUUCCAGCGUCAACCCGGCUGAGCCCAACCCAACUCAACGCGGGUCAGUUAACAGCAGAAGACUUCGAUGAAUCGAUGCAAAUGAUAGAACCGAUUGGCCACGACAACACUCCUGGAUACCCUGUGCAGCUUCCAUCGUUAGCAGGGUCCAGCAGCUCGGCGCAACCCAGCAACGUAGGCCUGCCUGGUCAAGAAGAGAUGGAGGUGGACCAUGGAAAUACUCCCGGCGGCCUGCGCAGAUUCCGUCAUCAACAGGGUCCAGCUCGGCUCAACCCAGCAACAUAG